AUGAGCACGAUCAAGAAUUACGCGUCGCUGCCGAUCAAAAGAAGCAAUAUAUUACAAAACGCUGGAUGGGACUUCGCGGCGAAAAGUCAUCCGGCGAUCGACGAUUUCAAUUAUUGCAUACCCCUCGGCGUGUUGCUAGGUUUCUGCGAAAAUUAUAAACGCGUCAUGAUCAACGCGCGACACGAAUUCAUCUUAAUACGGGCGCACAACGAUCACAAUUGUAUUGUAUCGCACAAUUCGUAUGAACCUAAGAUCCUUUUUUUGAAGAUACCGUGGCGAAUGCCUCAUGUAAUGUUAAGCGAUAUUAAUAAAUUGGCGUUAUUACGUAUAUUAGAUAGCGGAAGAUAUCUAAGCAUCGCUUUUCGUUCGUGGGAUUUCUACGAGUUUCUGCUUCUGCAAGGUACAACCAAACAUUCGUGGGCUAUCAAAGCGGCGACACAGCUCGAGAAACCGCGAAACGUUAUCUUCGCGUUGCAAUCCGGUAGGAAGAAUGUUUUGCCUCAAGAUCCGACCCAGUUUGACGAUUGUAAACUAACCAACUUCAAAUUAUAUUUUAAUUCAGAUUUUUAUUUUUACGACGAUAUGAAUCUCAAUUUUGAAAAGAAUAAAAUCGCCGUACUGUACGACAUGUCAUCGAAAUUUCGAAAAACGUAUUACGGAUGCAAUAAGGAUGGAGUGCUCUUUAGUCUAGUUAAAUUUAAAACGUAUGGUCCGAUAAUAAUUAUUGAUUGUUCUCGGCAGAACGAAUCCAUCAAGAGCGCCACCGUGGAUGUCCGUAUACAGUUUGACUGCAAGGAGAACGUUCCUUUCAACACUACAACUUACUGUCUCAUUAUUCACGAUCGAGUAGUGAAGUAUAAUCCGCUCACUAACAUUGUGCGCACAAUCUGUGCGCAGAAUCACUAA